AUGUUUUCAGAAACCGAAGAGGAGUUUUUCAGAAAUUGCACAGGGGAUGGAGACAUUGCUGCUCCAGACCUUGGACUGAUUAGGCAGAUGCUGGAUAUAGUUCGAGAAAUUGAUGAAUCAUCAGAUACGGAGGACGUUGAAAACCUCAAUAAUGUAAUACAACUAAGUAAGCUUGAUCCAAUGACACCUGAUUUCGUACCCCGAAACCUUGACCACACGUCACCAAAACUUAAAAAGUCACCCGAAAAAACACCACACAAAAAGAAAUCUACAAGACAAAACCGCAAUGUCGCUCUUACUUCAAUUUUAGAACUAGCUGGUUCAAUAGUUGAGAAAGGAAUUGAGCAAAAGACACUGACAAAUUCAGUAGAUGUCUCCCCAAAUGUGACAGCGUCUCUAAAAAAAGUGAAUGGAUGGUUGGAGGCUCAACAGAAGCAUGGCACUGAAAAAAAUUUAUGCGUAGAUCAACUUUCGAAGAAGAAAAUAACUUCACCGAAAGAAUCCGAUAAAUUUGUUAAUUCCUUUAAACACACUAAGUUAGUACAGUCACUACCAAAAGAUCCUAAGGAUAUACUAAGUUUAGAUCCAAGUACUAUGUUUAGGAAGAAAGUGUCACCCAAAGUUGCGGCAGUUGUUGAGUGUAACAAGACGACGGUAAAAUCGCUGCAAGGGUGCGAGAAGUAUGUGCCUUCAUCAAAUGCUGACGAGUACUACAAGAAGUACCUGGAACGUAGCAAGGUGCACGCAAUGGUCCAUGAUGACGUAUGGACUCGAGCAGAAAGACAAAUGAAAGAAAUUGAUGAACGAAGACGACUUGAAGCCGAACUGUUCCAACAAAGCUACGCCGCUGCGCAGCUCGCCCAGUCACCACAAUCAGCGCAGUCAGAAACUUCUAAUCAAACAUAUACGAUUUCCACCGAACCAGGCACCAUUUUAAAUGAAUCUCCCGCCAUGCGCAGAUCGCCCGAUAUUUUGUCAGGCUCAUCCACCAUUUUGUCUGGAUCGCCCGCCAUUUUGAAUGAAUCCCCUGUCAUUUCACCUGCACCGUCAGCCACCAAGCCUGUGCAAGGACCAUGGGACUUGACCACUGCUGAAGAACAAAGAUUAGCAGUGGUAAUUCUUCCAUAUCAUCGCCACAUUUUAACUCAAAACUGCAUCGUGUGCAAGGUUUGCCAAAAAUCGCAAGACGAUAAAGCCAUAUAUGUCAUCGACGCUGACGACCGCAGACUACUCAAAUCGAAGCAUAAAGAUGAUUUUGACGAAAUUGGAGGGCCGACGUGGCGCGACGAUGAACAUCUAAAAGAAUGGCAUUACGAUGACGAAACAAAUUCAUGGCACAAAAGCAAUAAAGAACCAAAGCCACGCGAGAAGAAAGAGAAAGAACCAACGCACAAAAAUAACGGCGAAGUCCAACUAUGGCGCAAGAACGACAGGACUAUUAAAAAUUCUGAGAAAAGUGAUAUGGUUAAUCUUUCCAAUAGGAGUCAUGAUGACGUAAGGCGUAAUAACGAACUACAAUUAUGUCGCCCAGAAAAUGAUAUAACCUACAUAGAAGGCACGAUGGGAAAUAACGAAUUAGAAUACUGCAGCUUUGAGAGUCUGGAAGCUAUUUCCCAAUGACAGUUAAUUCUUGUCUCAUUGUUCACUUCGUCUAUAUCAAUAUUGGUUUCUGUGCUUUGGUUUUGGUAUUAUGGUUAUAUUUCUUUGCCACAUAUGACGAUGGACAUUGUUAUCUGACGGUUAUAGGAAUUUUAGCGUUGUUCGAAACCUAUUAAUUAUUAUUUACCGGUACUAAGAAUGUGAGCACUCUUAUUUACCGGUAUUAAUGUCUUAGGAAUUAUCAAUCGGUAUGAAGACUUGGCGCUGUAAUUUACUCAUAUUAAGAUUCUUACAGCGGUUAUCUACCGGUAUUAAAACUAUACGCUGUUUUUACCGGUAUUGCGGUCUUAGCACUGUUAUCAAUCGGUAUUAAGGCUCUUGCCACUGUUAUCUACCGGUGUUAAAACUUGGCGCUAUUAUUUAUCGGUAUUAAGACACUUAG